AUGGCGGGCCUCACGUCGGACAAUAUCUCCAUCGCCUCGGCACGCCAAUAUGGCUUCUCAAAGGAGCGCGACACGUGCGUGUUUUGCGGGAAGCGGUCCAGGCCGCCGCCCACGGACCCGCUUGCCCCCGUCUUUGUCUUCUUCUCCCUCGUCGACUGCCGCCACUACGUGUGCCAGCCGUGCGCCCUCGUUAACUGCGACAACGCCGGCCGCUUCAUUCGCUGCCCAACGUGUCACUCCGUCUCACGCCUGGCACAGACAGGAAAGAAACGCACGGGCCACGACGAGUCGCGGGUGAGCAUCGACGACGGCGUUUCCUCCGUCGCCUCUCAUGCCUCACGCCGCUCCGUGCGGCUGCUGGCGGAUGGCAAGCCGGCAAGAAGCGCCCUCGCCAGGGCGGACCGCAGCAAGAAGCGUUCUUCCUCUGUACAGUUUAUGGCGAACCCCACGGCGUCUGUCGUGUCGCCGCCGGCAAAUAAUGCGAGGCACAGCCGCGGCGACCAGCCGGCGACUUCGCCGCUGACGCUCGACGCGGUUGGGAAUCUGCCGCGGGACCCCAGCUACGCGCAGCGCGAGCGCCUAAAGGAGGCGGCGGUGCAAGCGAAGCCGAAGGAAGCUGUUGCGGUGAAUCUGUACACCAUCAAAAGCUCGGCCGCGCCGCGGCGCCGUUCUUCCGGCACCCGUGCGAGCAGCGUGCCGUUGCCGCAGACGGAGCAUCGCUACCUCGCGCCACCGCUACCUUUUGCGCCACCGCCGCCACUGCGUAUUCGCACUGUCGAGGAGGAAGAAGAAGGGGCAGAGGACGAGGCAAAGGAAGCGGCGGAGCAGCAAGACGUGAAUGUGCCGCUAAGCAGCAUUGCUGACGAGAUUAGGGAAAGCCUCCUCGCCACUCUGGCGAAGGAGUCCCAGGAGCGCUCCACCAUCGCGGUGGCGGAGGAGUACCGCCGCAACGCCAUGAGUAAGCAGCGUGAGAUUCGGGAAAGGGAGAUGCUUGCGGCGCGAGGAAGUCUCAGCAAUGAGUUUGAUGUUCGUCUUAGCCCUCGUACUCCUCUUGACGCCUCUGACGGGCAAGUCAGCGCGACAUCCGACGAUGAGACUCCGGCGGGCCCGCUCGGGAAACACCCUCGUGUGGCGCUGCAAUACGACAAGGAAGAACCACUGAAGCUUUCAGUCCCUGUAUCGGAGCUCUCAGUACAUCCGCCGAGCAUGCUAACGGACGGAAUGGGCGUACAGAAGCUUGAGGCAACCGAAGUCGUCGCCCCGCGUGUUAACACGGAGGCGGAAGCAAAACUCGCGGAGCUGCAAGAGCGGGCGAGGCGUGAGAUGCAGCAUCAAUUGGAGCGUCUGCACGCUGAGGUAAUGCCCCCGACGCAGGUGGCAGCGGCGCUGGAUGCGAUUGAGAUGAGAGAACGAGAAAUAAUAGAAGGUGUAGAGACUGUGGAGCGCCGCCUCCUGCAUACCGCCCGUUCCCAGGAUGAGGUGGAGCGAAGUGCGUUGUCGGUGCAGAGACGCUCUGCUGACCGCACGGCGCAGGUGGCGACCGAGUAUCUUGCAUACAUCUCUAAGGAAUUUGACGAAUUUGCGGCGAGUGAGAUGGAGCACCGUGCCUUCAUUGAGGAGCUGCAGCGCUCAGGUUGGUCCUCGCUGGUACGGGACUUCCAUGCCUCGUUGAAGGGGCUGCUCGAGGUGGAGCUUCUCCGAUUGAGCGAGCAGCGCCAAGUGGAGCUCACGCGGGCGUCCCUCACGCUGGCAACUGAAGAGACAACAGCUCGCAUGCGGCAGGAGCAAGCCGCAUUGAAUGCGCUCACGCGCCUUCACAUGACGGCGCUGGAGACCAUUGCGGACUGCCGUCGCCAGCUUCAGUUGAAGGAGAUGCAGCGUGGGGCCUCCCGCAUUGUGGCGGAGCAGCAGUUGUACAUGCAGCAGUUCUACGGCCUCGCGGCGGCGGAGGAUGCCACGCGGUGGAAGGUGCUUGAAGAAGAGCAGCGUGACCGUCACGCGGAGUGGACCGCCUUCGUCACGACAAUGCCCACCCUUAGGACCGCAACGGCGGUUCCAAGUGCCGGCGCGUCUCGAACCGCGCUGCAAGCGUCAAGCUCUUCGCACGCCCCUGAGUCCUCUCACUCCGCAACGACGCCGCCAACCUCGGUUGCAUCGCAUUACCUUGCGGCGUUGUUUGAGGAGGCGGAAUUAGAGGCAUUGCGGUUGCAGCAGACGGAGCGGCACGAGCGCCAUGGGCUGAUAAAUGUUUUCUUGACCCAGUCUCAGCGCCUGAGGGCCUACGAGGCGCCGAUGGAGACGACGUACAUGGACACUCCCCUCUCACAGCGCGCCAUCGCGAACGGCCGGCGCCGGCUGGAGCUUCGAGAGGAGGAGAAGCGGAUAGAGCUGCAGCAGCGAUCGUGGGCUUCAUUUCGCUCCAUCGCCAACAAGGCGACGGAGGAGCAGGAACAAAUUGCAAGAAUGGAACGGAUGCUGCGCGCCAUCGCAGAACGGUCACGGAGCGUCUUGCAUCGCUGCUUCGCGGAGGCCGAGCUGGCGCUGAUGGAUGAGGAGCGGCACGAGCGGCAGAGCGUCGAGGUCGAGGAGCGUCGGACACGCGUGAACCACGCCCGUGACGCGGUGCGGCGCGAAGAGGUGCUUCUUGCGGAGGAGCGCCUCUCGCACGAUGCCUUUGGGACGCAGUUUUUGGAAGCGAUGGAUGUCGCGGUACGGCAGUUCUCCUCCGAGGCCGCCCGCAUCGCCCAGGAGGAGCACCUAGAGCGUCUUGCGCUUGCGCAGGUGGAACGGCUUGAGUGCCUGUCACUUACGCAGACGCUCGAGUCGCGGAUACGCCUCGACGAAUGCGACGCGCAGCUACACCUCGCCGACCUUCACUCUACACUAGAAACAACAACGGCGGCAAGUGCCUGGCGUGCCCGUCUUUCGCUCGUGGAAACGGAGGAGUUGCGCGUUCGGGACGGCAUGUACAACGAUGAAGCGGGCGAAUGGUUGUGGUGGGUGACGGAUGAGCGCCGCCAGCGGAUAGAACUUGCAUCCCUAGAGACGGAACGGCUCAGACAAGCGAGGGAGAAAGAGCGGCUUCUAGCAAAGCUGAGGGAGUGCGAGGGCAGUGAAGGGCAACGACGCGUUGGGGUGGAAAGGGAAGAGGCGCGUGCACGGGCUGCUCUCGUGGGGGAUGAGGCGCGCGAUGCGGCGAAUGCGUGCAAGAAGGGGGAGCAGCGGGUCAUAGAGGAGGCGCGGCGUGAGCGGCACGCCAGUCAAUCACAACGUCGUAGACGCGCCCUAGAGGAUUUGUUACAAGAUGAAGACGAUGAACGGCAUUACAUUUGCGAGGACGAGCGGGACGCACGUCGACGGUUACGGCAUCAGGCUCUUCAGCACUCGUGCGAUAUUCUGGACAAGAAGAGGACGAGCCCCGCCAAAUCAGAGGAGCCUUCUAAGAGCGGGACAACGCUGGCAUCUCAGAACGCCGGACGCAGCCCAGUAAGUGACCCUUCAGCCGCCGUCUUUGAUGAAGAGUGGAUCCGGCAGAAAAGACUAAGGGAGCUUGCAAGGGAGGAGGAGUUAAUUGAGGCGCAGAUGCGUCUACGCGAGGCGGAGAUUCGUAUUGCGGAAGAAGCCGAACGUCGUGCCAGGUCGGAGGAGGAAAAACGCGUGGCGCUGGCGGAGUCGGAGCGACUGCUGCGUGAGGCAGAGGGGCGGGCGGAAGAACGCAUCCGCAGGGCACGCGAGGAGGCGCAGCGGUACGCCGAACAGGAAAUGAACCGGGUACGUGAUGCGAGCGAGCGGCAGGCAGCGCAUGCGGCGGCACUGCGUGCGAUUGAAGAGGAAGAGAAAACUGCCAUGGUAGAAGCGCAACUGCGAGCGGCCGAAAGGGCACUGAAGGAAGCUGAGGGACGCGCUGCAGAGGACGUCCGCCGCGUCAAGGCGGAGGCUGAGGCAUUUGCGGCUGCCGAGGCGCAGCGUGUCGCCCUUGAGUCAAGGCGGCUGCUGCAGGAACAUCGCGAAAAACAGGAAGAGCAGCUGCGGCAGAAGGACUUUGAGGUUCAGCAGCGACUGCGGGGCAUUGAACUGCAGGCGCAGGAAGCCAUUUUGGCGGCAAAGGCAGAGUCAACUCGUGCGGCGGAAGAGGCGCAACGGCGGCUGGAGGAAUUGGAGGCCCGUUACCAGGGGCGGGCGGCGGCUGUUGACGCUGCCAAGGCGAGUGUGCGUGUGGCUCAGCAGCGCAUGCGCGAGUUGGAGGAAUCUCGGCAGUCGACGCCACAGCACCCCUCCAUGGCGGGGUGUGUGGAAACGACGACUCGCAACGGAGAAGCGGUGGCGGCAGCGGCAGUGCAAGGAUAUCAAGGGCAGCCGAAGGACGGCUACGCCCUCACUGCGGUGGUGUGUACCAACGUCAUUCGAGCUGCCAUACGUGAGGCGGUGGAAGAGGUCGUGAAGGCGACUAAGGAGGCGUGGCAUGUGACUGAAGAGGCAGAGCAGCGACUCCGCAUGGAGCGACGACGCCUGCGGAGAAGAGAAGCAGAGCGCGAUCGCGCGGAGCAGGAGUUGCUUGACGCCGAAAACAAAGGCAUUCGCUGGGGCGAGGAGGAAGAAGAGGAGACGGCCAAAAAUUGGGUUGGUGCCGGCGCCGAAGAGGAGAUGUUUAACACCCCGUUAGAGCAGUCCACCACACGCCAUUUCCAGGGGAAGCGAAUAGACAAACGGCCUAUUUACCCGCAACCUCCGCCCGAUGGCGGCUGUGCUGUCUGCCACCGCAAGGACACCGUGAGCCCUUGUGUGGAAUGUGGGUCCCAGGUGUGCCGUUACUGCGGCCCCGCUGCCCCCCACCGUGCGUGUUGUGAGCAGCAAUACAUUGACGUUGUGAACGUCCACCGCCGUCGCCUGUCAGGGGAGCGGCAGGAAGCGGGGCACGCGAAACAGGAUGCGGAAGAAAUCAAAGGGGAGGAAUCAUCACUAUGGGAGGUGGAAGACAUUGUGGAUGCUUUGCCUGAGCGGACUGACGUGGCCACGUCACCGCUUGGCGUGCGUCGACAGCUGUUGCCUGACGAGGAAAGCGAGGCGAGGACCGAUGACUACGAUGAGCCGCGGGACGAGGAGGAUGCGACGAAUGAAACAAGACGGAGCGCAUCCACUGAGGCCGUGGAUGAACCCAGGACAGAGCGAAAGCGGUAUGAAGCCUUUUUUGUGCCGCUAACCUCUGACGCGGAGCCGAGGCGACCGAAGCCGCCGACGCCAAGAAACUACGUCCCGGGCGUAUUCACCGCGGCGUCGAGGUUCGCAAAGGCGGAGCGGAGGUGCAGUCCACCUGUGGGCCGGGCACGCAGCAACCGACACGUGGACCCUGCCGCUGAAAAGGAGGCGCGGCAGCGGCAACCGCGCUUCCCUGGGAGUGCCCCGAAGGAGCGUCCGGCGUUCCACGCCAACCAAAAAAAUCACCGUCAGCCGUGUCCCCGCCAGCCCCUCACUGCGCUGCAGCGCGAGGUGAAGGAGCCACUGCUUGGCCUCCUCGACCCGCGACUGCGCCGGCGGGAGGCGGAGCGGGUGGUCAUGCAGGAUCCACUUUCUGGUUUUGGGCGAUCAUCCUCUCCUGGUCACCUAGGAGGCAACUUUCCAGCCAAACCGGCACGCCCAUCGCAAUGCACGGCGGGGCGCAUUUCUCCCAUAAAACCCUCCAUCGAGCUCUAUGCGGACUUUAACGAAUUUGCCCACCGCGACCCCACUGGCCUGGAGCGCACUUACUACGCUGGAAGGCCUGUGCGACCUCUUGAACAGGAGCACGACCCAGAGGACCUGGCAGACACGAGCCACCGCUACGGUGCACGAAGGCAGCAUCAGGAGCAGUAUAGGCCGAGGAAAUUGCCGUCCAGAGAGGAUGAGCGGCACGUAAACGUGAGUCGGGAGCGUGUGUUUCUCACGACUUACCAUGAAUUGCCUGACUACGCGGGGACCCGGCGGCGUCAGGAGUCGGUGCGGUAUGACGCACAGCGGCGUGAAGAGUGCAAUGUCCACACCACGCCAACGCUGCAUCAGUUAGACCAGCGUCUGCGGCAUCUGCAGCAACACCGCGUUCUUAGUCGUUCGUACGAACGCUCCCCUGACAGCCAUUGUUUGCGCCACCACUUCCAUCAGGAGAGCGCGAUGAACUGCAGGCCCGCUGCGGCCUCUAGCACGGCACGACGGCCUACGCCGUGCCCCCAUGAUCCCUGUAUCACAGUUCACCUCUUUCCGACUACCUAUGCGCCCACAGCUGCGAGAACCACAGCGUCAAGGCAGCGGACACGCGGAGGAAGCAGCCGGCGAAACACCAGCCGUGCUGGUAGGCGCUCAACGCCCCGGGUCGUUUCCCCGCCAUGGCGAACCGAUUUUAACUCUGAAUUUGUGCGUCCGCCGUGGAAUUUUGAGCAGCCGCACUCAUUUGUAGCAAGGUCGUACAAGCGAACUUUGUUGCCGUUCGAAAUAUAA